AAUAAAUUGAUAUGUGCAGUUUCUUGUUUGCAUUUCUCAAGUUUGCUAAAUUUUAUUUGGUUAAAAGGUUAAUAAUUAUUUUUGUUUUUAUGCAGAAACACGAAAUAAGGGACUAGUUUCCUUUCGGGUCAUUUAUAAUUCAGGAGCGGUCCUGGCCCUCACGGUACUGACUUUUUAGAUGUGCAUGACAAAAUCUAACCCUUACCUGACCAAAUCUUAAUCCUUAUGAGUCAAGGCUGUCAAGCAAUACCGUAUAUUGUCCACUUAAACGUCAACAUUUAUACUUUAUUAAAGGACUUAACCAAGAAGUAGGUGCAUGAAAAUUCCUCUGCGAUUUCGUAGCAAAGAAUAUACAAAUAUGUACUAAUGCGUGUUAAGCAAUGUGGCACAAGAAAAUGAGACAAGCACUUAUAUAUUUACACACGUAAAUUAUAAUCACUUAUACCACAAAAAAAAAAAAAAGAAGGUUUCAUUUUCUCCAAGAGGUUCCAAAAUGCCUAAGAAAAUCUUGAUGUCGGUAAGUAUGAGGUGCGAAAAAUGUCGAUCAGAAGCUCUCAAGAUCGGAGCCAAAACUACUGGGGUGACUUUCGUGGGAAUAGAAGGUGAAGAGAAAGACAAAGUGGUGGUGAUCGGAGAAGGUGUCGACGCCGCAUGUUUAGUUGUCCGGCUUCGCAAGAAAGUUGGUUUCGCUGAUAUCAUCAGCGUCACAGAUGUUGACGACACUUAAAAACAAGUCUUAUUCUAGAAUUACUUUUAAAAAUGCAACUUUUCAACAGUUGACUAUGUAAUUUCUCUGUUUUUUUUUUUUUUUUUUUUUUUUUUUUUUGUAAUCAUAUACUGUUUUCCAUAAUCGCAAUUAUUCCUUCCUAGCCACUUUAAUAUAAAAUUAAUAAUUUAAAUUUUUUGAAUCAUUCCAUUUCUUUCCAUAUUGUAGUGUUUACUAAUUAAAAGUUAAAACCAU